AGCCACAUUAGGCAAUUUCGAAAUUUUAUUUAAGGAAAUAAUGAAGCACAUUAAUAAUGUAUUUAUUGUGGUUUAAUAAAAAGCUUAUUAUAUAUUUAGAUGAACCAACCUAUUUCUCUAAGGAUUCUAAGAAUCAUUCUAGUGAUGACACGUGGCUACAAAAAAAUGUUGCAAUGCUUCUCAAAUAAUAUAUAGGGGAUAUGAAAGUCAAAACGAAUUUGUACGACAUUUAUUUUUAACUUUAAAUCCACUUUACAUCGAAUAAUUAAAAACAUUGAUUUAUGUAUAAGGGAUUGACUAGUCUUGUUGGUUUUAAAAUAAAAAACAAUAGUCUUGUGGAUUUAAAAGCAUAAUCAUAAAACAGUCAACCAUAGUGGUCAAAAAUAAUUCAUAAUGUGGAUUUCGAUUAAAAAAAAAUUCCAAUGUCUUUGCUGCGAAUUUAACCAUUUCAGUUGUAACGUGUAAGUGCAGUAAAUGUCGAUGACAUUCGCCUAUUAACUUUGAAAAUUAGUUAAUUCCUAGACAUUAUUCGAAAAGGGAUUAGCAUUUUUUUUUACUAUUAUUUUCUCGCACAAAACGGAUAUGACUACUAAAAUGAUGACACAUUUUAUGAUUAAAUAUGACAUAAACAAUUACAUUUAAUGUUGAUUUAUAUUUUUAGUAAUUUUUUUAGAAUAUGAUAAUAAUUCAUACAUUAUAUUUAGGGCAAUUCUUUCAAACUGUCAUUUUUAAGUUUUUAUCAUAAAAUGACCCUCAAAAAAUAAAAUGACCAAAAUAGUCAUUUUUAUUUUGAAAAUUUAAUAUUUUUUUUUAUUUUUAAAAUUUUUAGUUCAUCCCCAAAACCCAACUCAUUAACUUUAAACCCUAAGUUUUAAAUUAGUUAACUCUAAAAGUAUAAAUGCAUAAUUAUCCUUUAAAAUAAAAUUUAUUUUGGUUAUUUUUCUCUUUAUAAAUCUAUUUUUGUAAAAAUAAACUAAAAAUUACUAUCAAAGAGAAUUUCUGUUACAUUUAAAGUUAAUUUAUACAUUUUGUAAUUUCUUAGAAAAUAUGUAAUAACUCAUGCAUGAUCAUUAAAAUAAAAAUAUCAAAUAUUACAUUAAAUUUUUGAAAUAUUAUUUAUUAUUUUUCAGAAUCAUACAAUUUUACCACUAACAAUUUUAAAAAAUUUUACAAUUUUUUUAAAUAUAUUUUUUUAAUCGUAAAACCAUCGGUAACUUUUAUAUGUAUACAAAUGUUGUAAAAACUGUUUUGUUUUAAUUUUUUUGAUAAUUAUAUAAUUUUUUUUUGUCAACGAUAAUUAUAUAAUUUAAUAUCAAUUUUAUUAAUUUUAUACAAAUUAAUUUAAUAUAUUUAACCAACAGAAAUAGAUAAAAAUAUAUCUAAGAUCAUAAUUUAGAAUAUAUACAUAAUUACAUAUAUUCUUAAAUAUAAUUUAAAAUAAGUAAAAUCAUUUUAUGUUUAAUUAAAUUUAAUUUAUAUUAAAAUAUUGAUAAAAUAAUAAAAUUUACAAUAUUAAAAAAAUUAAUAUGAUCUAAUUUUUUAAAAAUUAAUAUUGAAAAUAGUGCAGAAAAACUCUAUAAAAAUAUAACUAAGGAAAUUAUACAAAUAUUAUUAAUUGGUACUAGGAAUCGUCAAUGGAAAGUCAUGCAUUGUUAGGCCACUGACGGAGACAACACGCGUGUUUGCCCAUUGGCAAGUUCUUAACACACUAUCUCAAAAUAAAAUAAAAAAUAAAUGGAAACUGAUAGAAAGAAAAGAGAAAAGUUUUCAUAAUACAUAUUUUCAUUUGAUUAUUAGUUCUAUUAUAUAAAGAAAAUUCAAAGAUAAGUACAUAAUUAUUUUUAUUUUUUUGACAUCAAAUACAUAAUUAUAAUACUAAUUUUUUUUCUUUCAGAAACUGUGACUACCGAUUAUCAUGCUCUAUUAAGGGAUGCUGCCUAACUUAGUCCAUACUAUUUUCAUGCCAUUGCUUUUAUUGGAGAAAUGGUAAUUGGUUACUUAUGAAAACAAAAUGGUGCGCACUCCUAUUUCUAAUAACCAUAUUGUAAAUUUAUGAUUUCAUUGGCAUUUUAAAUGAUUCAAAUAUUCAUGAUAUUUUUAAUGUUAAUUAUUCAUGAAGUCAACAAAUACGUAAUCUAGUAAUUUCCACUAAAAUUCAUCACUACCUAGAGGUAGGAUCAUGUGUAGAUGCCAUUCUUGUUGGUUCAAAUUUGAUUCAUCCUUCAAAUUACAAUUGACUAGUCUUCUUGAUUUAAAUACGAAUUUUUAUAGAAAGUAUGAAAAAACUCAAGCAUAAAAUAUCCGUUUAUAUAAAUAUGGUACUAGGAGCCGUAUGCUUUGACGUCUUGUUAUGUACAUCAGUACAUACAUGCCUUAGCAUUCUAAGUUUAUCCCUUUCUGCCAUGGUCCCAUGGAUGCCAAUCAUGCCAUCUGUAUGAACAAACAUAAAGAAAAGGAAUGCGUGUAAACGUUAUGACCUUUCCUUUAAUUGGGAUGGUUUUGAGGCUGCUAUCUCGGGUUACCUUUUCUUGUUCUUAGGGGUGAUCUUUGGAACUUUGUUCCAACUUCCAAGAUGAUGUUUGUGUUUUGUUCUACAUCACUUGCUUUCAUUCUCUUUCUAGAUAUGAGAUUACGUACUUUGACCCAAGUAAAUUGAAAAGUCAUUUUUUUCUUAAACCUACACAUAGACUUUGAACUUCUCUCCAUAAUCUAUUGUUUUACUAAAAACUUUCAGGGGUCCUUUUUGCUAUCAGGACAUUAUAUUUCUGCCAUUUUAAUUUUUUUUAAUUAAUUAAGUUGAAGCUUGAAAUUCUUAGUUGCAACUUGCAACCAAUCAACCUUAAAUCCACAGGCCAAGAAAAUUUCAUAUUCGGAGAGAGAAUGCAUCACCGUAGUAGCAUUGGUUCAUUGCAGCCUUUAAACGAUGAGAAGGGUUGAAGAAGUUAACUACUAAUCAAGAGAGUCAAAAUAAUGGUACUGGCCCAUGAAGAGCCACUUCUUGUGGAGUUAAAAUAGAAAUGCAUCGAAGUACGGCACGAUAAUGGACCCAACGCUUCACAUGGUGCCAAAAAUUAUCAAGACAUGCAUGUGCAUUGUGCGAAUUCAUCUUAUAAGGGCGGCUUUGGAGAAAUAGUACAGAUAAAGUAGAGAGAUGAGAGAUUCCCAUACAUAUUUUAUAUUUGAUUGUUUUUCUUAGGGCUGGAUGUUAGGAAGUUGACUGGAGCUUACUUAAAAAAAUUCCAAUAAUUUUUCAUCCCAUUAUUUUUUGAGAGGUAGAUUCUUAUUCCAUUAAAUUUUGAGAAGGUAAGUAGUACACCUUUGAAUUUGUGGAGUACUACUUACCCCUCAAAACAUUAUUUACUUUCUCAUUUAGUCUCUACAAUUAUAUAUAUAUAUAUAUGUAUGUAUAAAUAACUUUCUAUAUAUCAUAUUUUAGUACAUAUCGCUAUAUUUUUUUAAAAAAUAUUUUUAUACAUUUAUAUUAUUUAUAGUUAUAUUUGACUCUAUACUAUGUUAUUUUUAAAAAAUACUUUAUUUAAUAUAUUUUUUCCAGAAACUUAUAUAAAAAGUUAGACUAUAUCGAUCCAAAUUGUUAAGGAUAAAAUAAAAUAAAUGAAAAAAAUCACUAUGUAUUACUCCCUGAAAUGACCAAUCUACCCAAUAUCUUUCCCUAUAUAGAAACUCUCUCACGGCAACAACUACCUAAAAAAUGGUUUCCAAAAAAAUCUCCUUAACCCUUCUCCUCUCCCUCUUAAGUUUCUACUCUGAAAUCGUCAAGUCUCAAAACUGUAACUGCCCCCCAAACGUCUGUUGCAGUCAGUUCGGUUAUUGCGGUACCACAGCCGCUCACUGUAGUCCUACAUGCCGAUCAGGUCCUUGUAGAGGCAGUGGAACCUCAUCUGGUGCUGAUGCUGUUGGUAACAUUGUGACACAAGGAUUCUUUGACGGCAUCAUUAACCAAGCCGACUUCUGCUAUAUAGAGGAGAUAAACGGAGCGUCACGUUCAUUUUGCGACCAGAGCAACAGGCAAUAUCCAUGUGCACCGGGAAAGAGCUACCAUGGUCGUGGUCCGCUCCUACUAUCAUGGAACUAUAACUACGGACCGUGUGGCCAGAGUCUCGGCCUCGACCUUUUACUCCAGCCUGAGCUGGUCAGUAGUAACCCAGUUGUGGCCUUCAGGGCGGCUAUGUGGUUUUGGAUGAAGAGCGUGAGGCCUGUGCUGAACCAGGGAUUUGGAGCCACCAUAAGAGCUAUCAGCAGUUUGGAGUGUAACGGUAGGAACUUAGGUGCAGUAAAUGCAAGGAUUAGGUACUAUAGAGACUAUUGUGGGCAGCUUGGUGUAGAUUCUGGUGCCAAUGUCACUUGUUGAAAAGUCUUCGAACAUAGACGAGAUGUGUGACAAGUGAGUGUUUUAGGUGAAAUAAAAAAGAAGUUAUUAAACAUGUAAUUAUCUUGUGAAAAUGAAUCGAAUUAUAAAGUAAAAUAAAGAUUUGUUUUCUUACA